UUUUUGUUGCUUUCAGACUUAGCCAGAAGAGCUUGGGUUUCAGAUGACGAUGGGCUGCCCGACCAUCUGGGUGCUGUGGCUGGUUGCAGCGGCUGCAGUGGCCAAUUCUGUAUCCGAGAGCCCAGCAUCGUGUCCAAGUCGGUGCAUCUGUGCUGGGACGGCGGUACGGUGCAUGUUCUUGAAACUGGAGAGUGUUCCACAGGUUGCUCCGGACACAACAGUCUUGGACUUGCGAUUCAACAACAUACGGGAUCUUCCUGCACACGCCUUUCAUGGGCUGAAACACCUUCACACUCUCUUGCUAAACAACAACCGCAUCAGCAAGAUUGAAAAGGACGCCUUCAGUGGACUGGAAAGUCUGCAAUACCUGUAUCUUUUCAAAAAUGAAAUCCGGCACCUCACAAAGGAUGUGUUUCAGGAUCUGCAACACCUCGAACAGCUCUACCUCCAUCAAAAUCGACUCGAGGAAAUUGAGGAGGGUACAUUUUCUGGACUCCUUUCACUGGAACGCUUAUUCCUCAACAGCAAUAAAAUAAAAAGAAUAUAUCGUGGAGCAUUGCAGAAUCUGAGGCAGCUCAGGAGGCUACGUCUGGGUGCAAACCAGUUGGUGUGUGACUGUCACCUCCUGUGGUUCAGCCGCAUGCUGAAAGAGAAACAGACGUUGACUCAAGCCACGGGGUUCUGCCACCAGCCACAGUCCCUUCGUGGUCGACCCCUGACGUCACUCACGAGCAGAGACUUCAUCUGCAGAAAGCCGCAGCUCUCCGAAGAGCCUGCAGACGUCGAUGUUUCCCUCGGAGCACCUGCCCGCUUCAGUUGCAAAGCUGUAGGCGAACCAAAGCCAGAUAUAGUUUGGUUUCGUAAUGGCAACGAAGUGACCAGUGGUGUCGACGGCCGAAUUACCAUUCUGGACGACGGUGCACUCAACAUCAACUCUGUGAAUGAUGAUGACAAGGGCACUUACAACUGUCAAGCCCGCAAUGCUGCUGGGGAAGUGUCUUCAAAGACAGCUGAGCUGCGAUAUAUUGCGCACGAAGGAGACGAGAGCACUAAAGCCAGAAAGCCUCGGAUAAUUCGUCCCCCGUCUGAUAUAUCCGUGAUGGCUGGAAGAAGCAUUACGUUGCACUGCGAGGCGGAUGGGUACCCCACUCCAGAAGUGACUUGGAGCAGAGACGGCUUACCAAUGCUUCAGAACGCUCGCCAUCACAUUUCACGCACAGCUGGAAUGCUCAUAAUCUCAGCUACAGACUUGAGUGAUGCCGGCUCAUACAAGUGCAUAGCAAGUUCGUCAAUGGGAGAGGACACUGCAACGUCCGUGGUUCAGAUUGAAGUUCCACCAACUUUCAUUGAACCACCACGAGAGCAAGAAGUUGCUGAAGAUGACAACGUAGAAUUUAUUUGCCACGUUGGAGGCCAUCCUGUUCCGACGAUAACGUGGUACAAAGAUGGGAAGCCCAUUGAAGGUACUGACGUUCGCUUCAAGGUAAUCACUAGCGGCAAAGUUCUGAGGCUGUACACCGUGCGCAAGCAGGACCAAGGUGUCUACACUUGCCAUAUCGAGAAUAGUGUGACCUACGCUGAGGCCCACGCAGACCUUUUGGUCACUAGUAAAGCCGCACCGACUGUGCUGGGUAUAUCGCAAGCAACCGAAGUGGAAGAAGGCUCGGCAGUUGAGCUCUCUUGCAUUGCGGACGGCAUGCCCACCCCAACAGUGUCGUGGAAAAGGCACGGGAAUCCCGUAUCGCAGGAUGAUCCGCGGUUGAAGAUGAGACGAGAUGGAACGCUACAGAUCAGACGUGUACACCGUGACGACCGUGGCGAAUACGAAUGUGUCGCUCAAAAUGAUAUGGGACAAGCUUCCUCAAAAUCGAUUCUCAAUGUCAAAGAACCAACGGAGAGUUCCCAUCCUGGGGACAAGUACUUCCUCUCCGCAUUUCAAGAAGCGCAAGAGUCUGUUGACAAGGCUAUCAGCAACACGCUUCAGCAUAUUCUGGACAAGGAAGCAGCAGCUAAGAAUCAUCACAGGCUUCUGAGGAUCUUCCGUUAUCCCGAUUCCGAAGCCCAGCGUAGGGCCAGGGCGGCGGAGAUUUUUGAACGAGUGCUGAGCAUUAUAGAGCAAGAAGUCUCAUCUGGAGCCCAUUUUAAUCUUUCUGGAUUCUCCUAUAGCAGCUUGCUUUCCCCGAGCUAUUUAGACCUGCUGGGCGAGAAGUCUGGCUGCCUCCAGCAUCGUCAAGUGCCAGACUGUUCAGACACUUGCUUUCAUGACAGGUACAGAACGUACGAUGGCACCUGCAACAACCUUCAGCACCCCAUGUAUGGUGCAUCUUUAACACCAUUUGAGAGGCUUCUUCCAGCUCAGUACGAAAAUGGAUUCAACACACCCAUUGGCUGGACCACUACGAAACUUGUUAAUGGCCACACGCUUCCACCUGCACGAUCCGUGUCAUCCAAAAUUGUCUCGACAGAGGUCGUCGAAGGUGAUUCUGAGCACUCCCACAUGCUGAUGCAGUGGGGCCAGUUCUUGGACCAUGACAUGGACUUCUCGAUGCCUGCUAUCAGCCACGAACGCUUCAUCGACAAUGUGGAUUGCAGUGUGUCCUGUGACAACUCCAUGCCCUGCUUCCCCAUUGAAGUUCCAGACGACGACGCGCGAGUCCACGGCCACCGCUGCAUCGAGUUUGUGAGGUCGAGCACAGCUUGUGGAUCGGGAAGGACGUCCGUGUUUUACGGUCGUAUCUCUCCACGAGAACAGACGAAUCAGCUGACAUCUUUCAUCGAUGCAUCAAAUGUGUACGGAAGUAGGGCAAAGCAGGCGAUUCAUUUGCGCAACUUGACAAACAACCUGGGGCUGUUGAGGGUGGGACCAAGUAUGCCUUCUGGAAAAUACCUCCUGCCAUUUAACGACGGGCAGCCCAAUGACUGCAAGCGAGAUUUAGAGGGGACGGACGUCAACUGCUUCCUGUCAGGUGACGUCCGAGCCAACGAACAGCUCGGUCUGCUCGCGAUGCACACUCUGUGGUUCCGUGAGCACAACCGCAUUGCAGAGACCUUGCACAUCAUCAACCCACACUGGAAUGGAGAAAGACUCUACCAAGAAGCCAGGAAGAUAGUGGGUGCUGAGAUGCAACACAUCACGUACGAACACUGGCUUCCCAAGAUCCUUGGCCCACGUGGCAUGGCGAUCAUGAGACCGUACAAGGGCUACGACACCAAUGUUAUCCCAUCCAUUGUGAAUGUGUUUGCAACGGCAGCAUUGAGAUUUGGUCACUUCCUCAUCAACCCUGUACUGUUAAGGCUCGAUGAAGAAUUCAAGCCUAUCCCCGAAGGCCACAUCACUUUGAGGAGAGCAUUUUUCGCUCCACAUCGUCUGCUGAGGGAAGGUGGAAUCGACCCGUUGAUGAGGGGACUCUUCGUCGCACCUGCGAAGUUGAGGAAGGCUGACCAGUUGCUGAAUUCAGAGCUGACGGAUCAUCUGUUUGAGCCCGCUCUGCUGGUUGCGCAAGACUUGGCAGCUUUCAACAUCCAGCGUGGCAGGGACCACGGGCUGCCAUCCUACAAUCAGUGGCGGGAGUUCUGCAAUCUGACAAAGGCACAGACUUUCGAGGACCUCAAGCUGGAAAUCACGAGCGCGACGCUGAGAGAGAAGCUGGAACAGGCGUAUAAGACUCCGGACAACAUAGAUGCCUGGGUGGGUAGCAUCAGUGAAGAGCCAGUCCCUGGUUCCAAAGUUGGGCCAACGCUACUAUGCCUUCUAAGUGGACAGUUUGCAAGGGUGCGGGAUGGUGACAGGUUCUGGUAUGAAAACCCCGGCAUAUUCAAGCCUGAACAACUGGAGGCAUUGAGGCAAGCCUCCCUAAGCCGUGUGCUGUGCGAUAAUGGGGACAACAUUACGAGAGUCACUUGGGAUGCCUUUGCUGUGCCAGAGAAGCAGACGCCGCAGUUCCUGGACUGCAGUCAGAUUCCAUCAGUGAACCUGAUGCUGUGGAAAGACUCUGAACAAUCGAACUGCACUAAUGAGAACGACGUCAGGUCUAAAAGGUCAGUCAAAUCGUCUGCAAUGGUUGAACAUGAGUGAAAAGCUGUUCUGCGUGCUAUCCAUUGCCAUGCCUGCAAUACUUGGACCCACAACAGCAUAUUGCAAAGAUAGUUCCCUUCAGUGGCCAAGGGCUUUGCGUUCUCUCUUUUGCGAGCGAAGGCUGGAAAAUCCCUGGAAGUGCUGGAGAUUCUGUCUUUGUUUCGAACCAGCAGCUUAGCAGAAAUUGUAUAAUCGAUUUUGUGAUGUACAUAUGCUUGAAUAAAUUUGAACCCCUACAUUCACUACA